GAUGAGCUUUUCUUGAACGAGCCAGAUUGCAUGAAUGUUUGCCUUGCGGGAUACUGCCAGUCAAAGUCUUUCGUACCGACCUUCAACAUGUAUGCAGCCAACUCUUACAACCUGAGCUACCCCCUCUUCGUGGGACAGACCAUCACUAUCACCGUAAACUCCACUGCAGUCUCAAUCAGCAAAGACCCUGGACUGCCGAUAGGGAUGCAAGCUUCAGGCUCAGGGCCGAUCGAUCUCAUUUGGACUCCAAGAAGUUUUGCUGCUGGUUACAUUCAUACGGCUGGGAUUUACUUUCCAAAUUUAGACCGAACAGUGUACUUGAACAUUUCUGUCGCCUCUUCCGUCGUCUCAUGGCAGAGUCCCGUCAAUGAUACCAUGGAGUAUGAAGUGUUGCUGGGCACCAGCCAGCAGCUUGUGUCUUUGACAAGUCAUCCGUAUCCGGAGCAGAAUUCUCCCUCCCUCAACGACACAUCUGUCAUAGAGCUCCAUCCAGACAUGAAUUACCCGCGCAUCUUGCCCGACGGCACUCUUGAUCUUUACCCGCCAUCCUCCAAGAUGCUGGCUUUCUACGCGCGCCGUGGCCUCGAGGGCAAGCAGCACACGGUGUGUAGUAUUCCGUGUUCCGCUCUGCAAAUUUCUCGUGCAUAUCUUGGAAGUCUGAACUGGCGACGUCUGUGGAAUAUGAACAGCUUCAUCUCUCCAGAUCCGAAUCUCUUCAUUCAGGACGCGCAAGUGAUUCAUCUGGGGGUCAACUACACUGUUAAGACGGGGGACACCCUUCUAAACGUUGCCAUCAAAUUCAGGACUACAAUUCUGAACCUGAUGGAAGUGAAUCCUUACAUCGCUGACAUGAAUGCGCUCGAAGUCGGGUAUGACCUGUGCAUCCCUGCUUGCACGAACCGGAACUACUUGCCUAUCCUUCCAACCAUCGCACUAUGA